CUGCUUUUCAGUGCUGGACUGACUUUGCUGUGUUGUCCUGGACUUCUGCUGCUCCACACUACGCACUGCAGUGCAGACCUUGCUAAUAACCUGCAGCGAUCCAGUUCCCUUCUUGUUGAUUGAUGCGUAGUCUCUGCGAACGGCUUUGAAGCCACCAGGAUUUAAUCGCUAUGGCGGCCUUCUCAGCGAGCUCCCUAGUCUUGAAGGAUUGCACGUGUUACGGACCACUUGGCAGUGAGGAGCAGGUAGUUCAGAGGGGAAGAACCGUGCGCUCGUCAAUGUCUGCAAUGUUUGGAAAUAGUCAGUGCUUAAAGCUUGCAACUAAAGUUGGUUGCAAACGUGAAGUCCGACGACCAAAGGCCUGGCGAAUGGAAGUCGCCGAUCCGCUGGAGAAUUUUCGCGAUUCCUUCGGGAAUGACUGUGUUGUGGAGAGGAGAGCUAGAAAGGAAUUAGAAAUGAGUGAGACAUACGUGGUCGUGACUUCUGAGGUGAAGGAGUUGCAAGACCGGAUGGCAGCUCUGGUGGCGUCGGAACAUUACGAGGAAGCAUGCUUGGUCCGCGAUAGCCUAGCUAUGAUGGAGUUCCGGAAGCGUUUGCUAGAAAUCCAGGCCAAACCGCGAAUUAUGUACCGCGUGGGAGACGUCAUCGUGCACCGGAGAUAUGGGUAUCGCGGUGUUGUCUACGGUCACGACCCUGAGUGUUCAGCCCCUUCAAGCUGGCAAGAUGCGAUGAAAGUGGACCUGUUGACGCACGGGAGAAGCCAGCCCUUUUACCACGUUCUGGUAGAUACUCGCGAUAGAGCGGGAGGUGUCUCGACUUACGUCGCACAGGAAAAUCUCGUUGCACAGAGUGAUGCGUCACCAGUUGUUCACCCCUGGAUUCCAAAGUUCUUCGUGGGGUUCCAGGAUGGCACGUACGUUCCGGGAAAGAAGCUCCGUCAGGUGUAUCCGAAUGAUUGGUAGAGGUUUUACUUUUGCUCCAGGCAGGAACUGCCUUUUACCUGUUAAUCCAUUGAGUGGGGUCAUAUGUACUGGUACUAGUAUUUAACAUCAAGAACACGCAGACAAGGUAUUUGCAGCAGUGUCUGCGAUGAAAGUUUAGGAGCUGGUUCAGGAGCUGCUUUUUUCCCUGCAUCAUUGCAUAGGUGCUGAGUUUGGUUUUUGAGCAUGUAUGCAUAGCAGAAGUGGCUUGUGCAUAUUACAGCAUUGGCAAAUAAUAGAAGUUACUCUUACUA